AAUGCUUUACAGUGGCCUUUUUUAAUAGCUGCAUGGGCAAGAAUAGCAUGUUGUGAGUGAGUACAGUAGCUCAACCCUCCCUGUGGAUCCCAACUGAUGCUGCCAGCUGUUUAGCUCGUAAUGCGAGCACGGUAGGUGAAGGUAGCUGCAUGGCAUUUUAGCAAAACAACAAAGCUUGCAGGAACACUUGAUGAUAUCCUCAAGGUUCUGUUGUUUUUCAGGUAUAAUGAGCUAGGAUAGCUCUGCAGAACAUUACCUAGUUUUGUUGCAGGUUGUCCUGAUGCAUGUCUGAACUGAUCUGCUUCUUUGCCUUUCUCCGUUUUCUCUUGUGGGUUCAGGGUGUGGAAUCUAUAAAACAUCCUGAGACAAAUCCACUUACUAUUGGCACUAUGUAGAUAACAUUGAAUAAAAGUGAAAAGUUAUGAAUUCAAUCUGAAAUCAUUUUGACAAACAUGCCAAUCAAAAGUACUGUAGAGAAUUAGUCUCAGAGAAAGCGAUGGCUUUUAGCAAGCACCGAGAAUGUCAGGAGGUGCUUUUUAUUGCAGCUGAAAUCAUACCUCUCUAGUCAUAUCUCAGACAUUUCUUAAUUUUCCUCUGCUGCUUAUUUUUUGCCAUUCAUGGUUAAUAUUUAUUUUGGGAUUUACAGUAUGAUCAUUUUAAUGCUAUUUUUGCUGGUUACAGAACUGAGGCUUUUGCUUUCAAUGCAGCACAGUUGAUUGUAUAAAAUCUGCCUGACAAGACUGCAUGAACAGACGUCUCUCUCUCUCCAACAGGAACUUCAGCAGAAUCUCUCUUAUCUCCUUUUCUUCUACCUGAACUACACUGUGCCCCGAGCUCUCACGUGCAUCCCUUUAAAGAAACAGAAAUGCAAGACGAAAUCCACGUUUAUGAUUGGAUGGUGCCUAAUUCUCUUAAAAUUUGCCAACAGACCCCUAAACAGGGACAUUUUAGUCAUUACAUGGCCAUGAAGUUGACUGGUAUCCCGUGUUAUCCACUGAUUGAUUUCCUACUGUUUUCUUUUCUCACUUAUUUUCUGACUUCUUUUCCUUUUUUCUUAUCGUCUCUCUCAGAGGUGAACAUCUGAUCAGGUUGAACUGCCAAUUUAGACUGGUACAUUAGAAUCCCACAGCAGACGAUCAAUCAGCAGCUAUUAAACCCUCAUGUCAAAGCCUCCUGGAGGCACAGCCAAUGGAUUUGGAUGGCUGUCAUUCACAGGCAUCCUGGCCAUAGAAGACGAGUCUGCCUGUAGUAACACGCUUGUUACAUUGCAAAUACCUCCACAUGGUCUGUCUGCCUUUGAAAUUGGACUUGCUCUAUCAGUCUAAUGCCAGGUAGAAGUUAUUGUGUAGCCAGGGCUUCAGUCUAACAUUUGAACUUGCAGUUUUCAGGCCAGUAGCUGUUGGCACGUAGACUGUUCUAAAUUUCUGCUGUUUGCUGAAUGUCUUGCUUUGAUAAUUUUCUGGAUCACAAAAAACAUUUUGCUUUAUUUAAUUUAGUAAAUCAAUCUUUCCUAUGGACAAUUAUAUUUAAAAUGAUAUUUUACAGUACAGGAUUGUGGCUUCAUGGCCAUGUUUUCUUUCUCUCACACAACCCAGGAGGAGGAGACCUCUACAGAUCUGUCCUGCCUCCUUUGCCGGAGGCUCCAUUAGCUCCCAAGAUCCACUCUCCAGUACACAUUACUUCCACCAUAGCGUCUGUGCCAGUACCCAAUGCAAAUGUGGAUACACAGGGAGGGCACCUACAACAAAGGCCUGUGUCUCAGCCUCAUGCAGAGCCUCAACCAAAUUCCAGGCUCCAGCCAUAUUACCGACCACCACCACAGACAAAACCGCAACCCCAAGUGAAGCCCCAAGUUAAGGCUCAACCUGUGUCAAAACCUCAUGGCCAAACUGAACCACAACUCCAAACAACAUCCCAGCCCAUACCCCAGACCCAGCCACAAACCUACACAACAUCCAGGCCCAAACUCCAGACCCAACCACAACCCCAAACAGUCCAGGCAAAACUCCAGACUCAACCACAACCCCAAACAGUCCAGGCAAAACUCCAGACUCAACCACAACCCCAAACAGUCCAGACAAAACUCCAGACCCAACCACAACCCCAAACAGUCCAGACAAAACUCCAGACCCAACCACAACCCCAAACAGUCCAGACAAAACUCCAGACCCAACCACAACAACAAGCAACCCCCCAGCCUCCACUGCAGACACACCCUCUGUUACAAUCUCAGCCAAAGUCACACUCUCAAUCAAGUCAUCAGACAACACCACAGUCCCAUUCUGAACCACAACCUAAACCAACAUUUAAGACUAAACAACAAGCCCAACCUCAAACACAACUGCAGCUAAAGCCGUGGGUUCAGCUAGCUGCCCAGCCAACAUCUGUGGCACAUCCUCAAAUCGAUCAGCCAACACGUGAGCAUAUACCUCAUACCCAAGAAAAACUGCUAAAUACUAAUACCCGGCCUCGACCACAGACUCAAUUUACAAAUCAGCCACAGACUCAAACACACCUUGAACCAAAGGCACAACGACCACGCCUUCAGUUUACCAAGCAGCAGUCUAGACCCAGACAAACGCCUAAACCAAGGAUCAUUUUUGCCCAACCCAAGCCCACAACACAACCUCAGUCCGAGAGCCAGCCUAUCGCCCAACCCCCACCUCAGCCAAAAAAGCAACCAAAACCUCAAUCACACCCUCAGCCAAAAAAGCAACCAAAACCUCAAUCACACCCUCAGCCAGGAAGGCAUCCAAAACCUCCACAAAGGCCCAGAAUUAUGAACCCACAAUCUGAGCCAAAGACUCAUCCACAGCCCCGACCACAACCUCCAGCAAAGACACAGACCCAGCAUGUACCUCAUUCUCCGCCCAUUUCCAAGCCACAAUUUACAACAAAAGCCCAUUCUCCACCUCCACUGAAGCCACGCCCUGUGUCUAAGCCACAACCACUCCCUCAUCCUGGGCUUCGUUUGCAACCUCAGACCAGGACCCACUCUGAUCCCAUCACGGUUACUGCAAAGCAGGCAGUCCCUACGGCUCCUAGUCCACCAGAAGAGGGCAAGCCUCUACCAAGACCUGCACUGGCUACAGAGAAAGCUGGUAGUUACAAUCAUGGUGCCGGCGUCCUCAGACCGUCCGUUCCCGAAGUCCCUCGUUCUCCCAUUAGCUCAUCAGUUCCUACAGCAGGAAGAAACACCACCCUGUCUCGCGCCCGGGUUCCUCCUCAUUCCACUAAUCACGGUGUCAGACCAUUCUCUCCAUCCAAGACAGUCACCUCCUCUCACAGCUCCAGCACGCCUGGCGCAGCCAAUGGGGCGCAUCAUAGGGGCAUUGCUCUUCCUAAACCUGUGGUGUGGCCCAAAGAGAAACCUGUUCUGCGUCCCCCUGUUCCCGGAAACAAGAGACCCAACCUGGUGGGGAAACCCAGCGACCACGAUAAACCCAUGGACCUGAAACAAGGAGACAAGGAGUCCAUCUUGAAGCCAUUCCCUCUGGUCACAGCCAAACCCAAACAAGAGCGCCGACAGCAGACGACCACCUCGGCCCCGGCAGUGAACAGCAGCCGUUUUGACAUAAAUGAAAACUCCUCUAUAUUCAGGCCCUUGCCGGCAUCAGACGUAGACAUCAUGGGCAAGAAGCGCUUUGUAGCUCCUCAUGUCAUCUACAAGACAGACAAGAAGCCAGACGAGCCGUGCUCCAUCACCUCCUCUCUGGCUUACUUCCCCGAUGAGGAAGGCGGCGAUCAGAACGUGACCGGUCCUCCCCGCGUGCCGCCGUCCAACGUCACCGUGGUUACCGUGGAAGGAUGUCCGUCCUUCGUCAUUCUGGACUGGCAGAAAUCAGACAAUGAAACUAGAGAGUAUGAAGUCGUAUCCACCACUAAAGGACCGAACGGGCAGGAGGUGUCUAUACUGACGACCAACCAGACGCACACAGCUGUGGAGAAUCUCAAACCGGAGAGCAGUUAUGAAUUUAAAGUAACUCCAAAGAACGAGCUGGGGACCGGACCCUCCAGUGAUCCCGUGUCUUUUAGCACAGAAUCAGCGGAUCCACGAGUGAGCGAGUACGUUUCAGGCAAAGACGCCAUCUGGACUCAGUUCCCGUUUAAAGCCGACGCGUACUCCGAAUGCAGCGGGAAGCAAUAUGUGAAGAGAACUUGGUACCGGAAGUUUGUGGGCAUCCAGCUGUGCAACUCGUUGAGAUACAAGAUCUACCUGAGCGACUCGCUUAAUGGAAAGUUUUACAACAUCGGUGACCAGACGGGGCAUGGGGAGGACCACUGUCAGUUUGUGGACUCCUUCCUAGACGGCCGAACCGGCACCCAGAUGUUGGCUGAUCAGCUGCCAGGCAGACCAGGAUUCUACAGAGCGCUGAGACAGGAACCUGUAAGCUUCGGCGAGAUCGGAGGAAAGUCUCAUGUGACUUACGUAGGCUGGUAUGAGUGUGGCACGCCCAUACCUGGGAAGUGGUAGAAACCCUACAGGGUGUCCAGGAAGACGACUUCCUCAGUGUUGAAGACAAAGCAGAUGGGCAUGAAAGAUGCCUGAGUCGGCCUGCAGGGAGGUGGGCCUUUCUAAUAUGUUACCGUGGACACUGUAGAUGGCUCUGUCAGUUUGAACACACCCUCCUUUCACGGGUGUGAACCGUUACAGGACUAUUAGGUGUCACAAAACUCUCGAGUGCAUUAGUAACAACUUAUUUUCUCUAUUUAUCAAAAACGUCCUAAGAGACGACAGAAGGCAGGAGUUUGAGUGAAACAAAACGUUGAAUAUACAGUAAUCAGAGAAAAUGUUGGGAAGCUGGCUCCCAAACUGUAAUAACUUGUAUGAUAAUAUUUAUCAAGGUUAUUGAAUAUUCCGUGUGUGCUCGGGCUUUUGAGACAAGAAAGUACAAAAAUGUUGCCAAUACUUGCAUGUCAGUGAGCACACGCGUUGUUCAUAUGUAUACAGAAAGGUGCCGAUCACACGAUCAUUGUACAUUUGGACUGUAGGAUACAGAAACACAGACAUGCAGAAUUGACCUUCUGCUGGCCCUAAGGGAUUAUUAGCAGUUGCAGUUUGCACAGUAUUAAACUUUUGUUCAUAUAUGUAUAUGGCGUGAAAAAAACGUACGUUUACCAGGGAUCAUAUCAGUAGAUAAAAGAUUAAACCGCUUCAACCAAACUGUUCAUGUUGAGCCGAACAUUUCUAUGUGGCCGCUUGGAAACCAAAGAUUUUUGUAUUUUUAAUGCCCAUGCAGUCUUGUUGUGUAUUUUAAUAAAGAAUAAAUAUAUAUUUGAAAAAAAAUAGAGUCAGAGUCCAUGUGGAAAUUUGUCAUUUUAAGGUUUUGAGCUUAAUUAAAUAAGAAGUCAUUGGAGGGAAUAUUUUCACAUUUUUCAUGACUGCAGCUUUUUCAUACAUUGUGGUUGUUUGUAGCAAUAAAUCUUGUUUAAAUACUUGCUGAUGUUCAGUAGCUUUAACUGCUCCUUUUUUGAGAGGUGCAUGAGGUAAGAUGACUGAUGCGCUGUCCUCUGUUAAAUGUGUGAGAGAUGAAGUUUGGCUGAAAGAACAGAAAGACAUCUGUCCUGCUGCUGUCGACAAAAUCUCCCUGCCAGCACCUUUAAAGCUCACAAAU